AGCCGUCCUGUGGGCGGAGCAACAGCCAGUUUGCGAUGGUGCUCGGAGAACUUGGGCAGCGGAUCACCGCAUCUUUUCGGCGCCUGAAUCAGGCGCCGAUUAUUGAUGAUGACCUUCUGGAUGAAGUGUUGAAGGAAAUCGCUGCUGCCCUGCUCCAUGCGGAUGUCAAUGUCCGUUAUGUUUCGGAGCUCAGGAGCAACGUGAAGAAGAGAGUGCUUCUUGAAAGUGAUGCUAGUGGAGUCAACAAGCGAAAGUUGAUCCAGAAGGCAGUUGUGGAGGAGCUGGUUCGGCUGGUGUCUACAGAUCGCAAGCCCUACAAGCUCGAGAAAGGCAAGUGCAAUAUCAUCAUGUUCGUUGGCUUGCAGGGAAGUGGCAAAACCACCACUUGCACAAAGUAUGCACACCACUACAAUAGAAAAGGCUGGAAGACGGCCCUAGUUUGUGCGGACACCUUCCGAGCUGGUGCUUUUGAUCAGCUGAAGCAAAACGCCUCUAAGGUGAGAAUACCUUUCUAUGGCGACUACAAUGAGACGGAUCCAGUGAAGAUUGCGGAGGAAGGUGUGGAACUUUUCAAGAAGGAAAAGUAUGACCUGAUCAUUGUGGACACGUCAGGUCGACACAAGCAGGAAGCAGCUCUUUUUGAUGAGAUGCAGCAAGUAGCAGAGGUGGUGGCACCGAACGACAUCAUUUUUAUCAUGGACUCUCACAUUGGUCAAGCUUGUUUUGAUCAAGCAAAGGCCUUUAGAGAGGUGGUCGACAUUGGUAGUGUGAUCAUCACCAAGUUAGAUGGGCACGCAAAGGGUGGUGGUGCGCUUUCGGCGGUCUCUGCCACGAACUCGCCGAUCAUUUUCCUGGGAACGGGCGAGCAUUUUGAUGAGUUCCAACCCUUCGAUGCUCAGAGCUUCGUCUCGCGACUCCUGGGCAUGGGUGACCUUAAGGGUCUCUUCCAGACCAUCACAGAGGCCAUGCCUUUGGACAAGCAACCUGAACUGCUCAACAAGAUCUCCAAGGGAAGGUUCUCCCUUCGUGACUUGUACGAGCAGUUCCAGAACUUGCAAAAGAUGGGACCCAUGAGUCAACUGAUGCAGAUGAUUCCGGGGAUGUCCAACUUGAUGCCGGCAGGUGCAGAAAAGGAGGGCGUCAAGAGAAUCAAGCGGUUUAUGGUCAUCAUGGACAGCAUGACGGAUACAGAGCUUGACUGCGAAGUGCAGCUGAAUGAUUCGCGAAAGUUGCGAAUAGCCAGAGGGGCCGGUGCCUCCAUACCUGAGGUGAACCUGCUCAUCGAUGAGUACAAACGAAUGGAGAAGAUGGUGGGCAAGAUGGGCAAGAGCGGACUCUUUGGAAAGGGUGGUGAGCUUACCCAGCUCAGCAGAAACCCUGGACAGGUGAUGCAGAAAAUGCAGAGUGCCAUGGAUCCCCGCAUGCUGCAGCAGAUGGGCGGCGCACAGAACAUGAUGAAGAUGAUGAAGGAGUUUGGCAAGAUGGAAAACAUGGGUGGAAUGAUGGAAGGAUUGGGAGGUAUCGACCCUGCCCAGGUCGCAAGCAUGCAGAAGAUGAUGGGUGGCAAGAUGAAAGGCAGAAGAUGAGCUUUGGAGCGGUCCUGACCGAGACGCAUAGGACACGCCAUUGGCCUGAACCUCUUCUGUUCGCUUAUUACUGUCA